AUGGAGAAGACGAUUGCAGACAAAAUCCAGGAUAGUCCCAAUGACAUCCAACACGCGCGGGAAGCUGUUGCCGCUGAGCAUGAACAGACUGUGAAGGAUGCUCUGAGAACGCAUUACAAAGCAGUCUUCUGGUCUCUUUAUCUCUCCCUGGCCGUGAUCAUGGAAGGCUACGAUACCUCCCUGAUCUUCUCCUUCUUUGGACUUCCGGCAUUUGCCAAGAGAUACGGCACUCUUCAGGACGACGGCUUGUAUUCCCUGAGCGCUCCCUGGCAGAGUGCCCUCGGCCAGGGUGCUAUGGUAGGCCAGUUCUUCGGCCUCAUUGUCACCGGUUACGCCGCCGAUUGGUACGGGUUCCGACGUACAGCAGCCUGGGCGUGUAUCCUCAACGCUGCUUUCAUCUUCAUUCUCUUUUUCGCACCAAACGUCGAGACGUUGUUCGCCGGACAGGUCCUUCUUGGCCUGCCUCUAGGGGUCUUCCUCACCCUGACAACUGUUUACACUGCCGAGGUCUCCCCGUUGGCGCUGCGACCCUACUUGGAGACCUGGGUUAAUAUUUGCUGGAGUAUCGGGAAGCUUAUGGCCGGUGGCGUACUUCGCGCGUACUCCGAAGACACCACAGAAUGGGCCUAUAGAGUUCCAUGGGCUGUGCAAUGGAUCUUUCCGCCAUUUAUUAUUCUUGGUGUCUAUAUUGCGCCCGAGUCCCCAUGGUGGCACAUUCGUCAGUCUGAUGUCGAGGCUGCUCGAGAAUCCCUGCUCCGCCUCUCUACUGGUGUACCAGAGGAAGAAAUCCGCAAUACGCUGUCACAGAUGAUCUUGACGAACAUGCAAGAGAAGGAGGCACAAGCUGGCACCUCCUAUUGGGACUGCUUCCGAGGUACGAACCUGCGACGCACGGAGAUCUGCUGCCUGGCACAAACAAUGCAGCCUUCGGUAGGGUUUGCUCUUGUGCUUUGGACCACAUCUUUCUUCCAACUUCAGGGACUUUCCGCAAGCGAUGCUUUCAACCUCAGCAUUGGGCAGAAUUCGCUCGGCUUCGUCGCCGGAAUCCUUCUGUGGUUCCUGAUGCCUCGCCUGGGAAGGCGGACUAUCUACCUGUGGGGUCUAGGGGCUAUCUUCGUCCUGCAGAUGACGAUUGGAGCGCUCGGUGUGCCUGCCUACACCAAGGCCACAGCUUGGUCUACCGGCGCCUUGAUCAUGGCGUUCUAUUUGUGCUACAUGCUCUCGGUUGGACCAAUGUCGUAUGUUAUUGGUUUUGAAAUUCCUUCUACGAGGCUUCGCAAUAAGACAGCAAUCCUUGGCCGCAACGCAUAUCACAUUGGAUCGGUGUUCAACGGUAUAUUGACCACCUAUAUGAUAAGCCCGGCUGGCUGGAAAUGGCAGGGGAAGACGGCCUUUUUCUGGGCAGGCUUCACCUUGCUGGCUUGGGUAUGGACUUUUUUCCGUCUCCCGGAGAUCAAAGGCCGUGUCUUCGCAGAGCUGGACUAUCUAUUCGAGAACAGGGUUCCGGCUAGAGCAUUCGCUUCGACUCGUCCACAACUCUUCUCGGUUAAUGAUCAGGACACUGAUUAG